AUGUCGAACCGUAAGAAUACCGCGGCCAGUCUGUUGUUGCGACAGUACAGAGAGCUCACAGAUCCCAAGAAGGCGAUUCCAUCUUUCCACAUAGAACUUGACGAUGAUAGCAACAUUUUCUUGUGGAACAUUGGGGUGAUGGUGUUGAAUGAAGACUCAAUUUACCACGGGGGUUACUUCAAGGCGCAGAUGCGGUUUCCUGAAGACUUUCCGUUUAGUCCUCCAAGUUUCAGGUUCACGCCUGCGAUUUACCACCCGAAUGUUUAUAGAGACGGCAGGUUGUGUAUAUCCAUCUUGCAUCAGAGCGGCGAUCCAACUUCGGACGAGCCGGACUCCGAGACAUGGUCGCCGGUACAGACGGUGGAGAGCGUGUUGAUAUCAAUUGUGUCUCUUUUAGAGGAUCCCAACAUUUCAUCUCCCGCCAAUGUGGAUGCCGCAGUCGACUACCGAAAGAAUCCAGAGCAAUACAAACAAAGAGUCAAGCUAGAAGUCGAGCGUUCCAAGCAGGACAUCCCUCCCGGGUUUGUGAUGCCUACGUCGCAGACCGCUUAUAUAUCGCAGAGAAACGCGGAGCCGGAGGAGUCCAAGGACGUGGGCGACAACUUUUGGUACGACAGCGAGGAAGAAGACGACGACAUUUACGGCGAUGACGACGACGGCGACAACGGCGAAAGCGAGCCCGAGUUUGAAGAGGAGGACGAUGAUGAUAGCAUGGAUAACGACAGCGUUAUGGAUAAGAGAAAACCUGACAAAGCAGAUGAGGAAUCUGAAGAUGUAGAUGAUGUCAAGCUAGAUAUAAAUAAAUGA